AUGCAUUGGCUACGCUGGUUUCUAGGAUUCUUAGGUUUGACAUGUGUUGGUGGAAAACUAGGCCUAGAAUUCAAUGAGACAUCUGACAACCCCUACAACUUCCCUUGGUCUGAAAAUGUGCCGAAACUGGAAUUUACAACUUCCAAGCCGAGAAAUAUGUCGGAUUUUGUGAAGGAAGAAGUGAGGAAAGGAAAAAUUCCAGAAGAAUUAAUUCCGUUUGUGAACUUAACUGCAGUGGAAGAAUUGAGAAAAGAAAAUAAUGAUGUGAGUGACACCCUAGAUUUUAUCAUCAGAGAUGAAGACGUCGCGGACAUUCCGGAUGAUGACGUGGAACACAGAAAAGUGAAUACCCUAACUCAUGAUGGUAACAAGACAAUAAUCACCGUAUCAGAUGAAGCAAGAGAUGACUUGUAUAAACACUGGAUGGAUCAAAGCCUAGCUGGACUCAUGGGGGCAGUUGUUACUAAUGUAAUCAAUAAUCGUAAAAUGAGCAAAACGGAGAAGAAGGAGCACUACACAUGCAUUCAUGCUUCAAAGAAUGUGACUGCGCAUGCGAAAUGCGUGGUUACUGUACUUGAUCAGCUGAAAAAGAGGAAUGCAAAGUUGAAGAUGUACAGUAAUCGAACUACUAUUCUGAACUCUCACCGAAAACGAAACCGAGCAGAUACUCAAGCAUUCAAGACAGCGCUCAAUCAUUAUGAUGAGUAUGUGAAAUCUGGCGCAGAAGAGUUUAGGGUGAAGAGAGCAUCUGGAUUUUCCAUAUUUGAUGAGAUGGAGAAUAAGAGGCAAGAAGCGAUCAGAGGGAAUGUGCAGACAAGGAGAUCUUAUACAAUUCGCGAAAACAAAAGUUUGUCGCCAUUGGCUUUGAUUGCUAGGAAAUUGACAGAGCUAGUCAGAGCUGGGAAAAAUAAAAAGGAAGCGCCAAAAAGAUGGCAAGAAGUAAUUCAAGACAUCAAAGACGAGUCAACACGGAUCAAGGGCAAAAAGAGGAACAAGGAACGGAUGAAACGCAAAUUCUCAAAAUUCGUGAGCACCAUGCGCCAGACUGGACUGAAUCCGAACAAGGCGAUGCAGAGUAUAGGAAUGGAUGAUUUGUUUGCCGACGAACCGAUUCUAAGCGAAAAAGAACAGGAUGCCAAAGACGCGAGGGAGAUGAUGGCGACGAUGAGUCCGGAUGAUAGGGUUUUGAACGAACCGAUCAAGUUGAUUAGACAAGCUAUCAAAAUAGGAAUGAUGGCGGCGGGCAACAAGAAAGGCGCCGAUUCACUGGACGACAAGAAGAUUGCACUUUUAUCACCACAAUUUAUGAGCAUACUUCCCGAUGAAGUGGCCAAUGAUACGGUAUCGCUACUCUCCCCAUCGAUCCUAUCACUUCAUGGAGAAGGCUCCGAUAUGGAUCGGGAAAUCAGUUUAACAAAAGCAUUGAAACUUAUGGAAGACACUGGACAGGAGGAAUGGAUGAAUUUUGUUCUAGAAGCUUCUGGGGUCACAGAAACUGUGGAUAGGCUUAGAAAAGUUGAGAAAGAGGAAGAAGAAAAGGAGAGAAUGCGUGAUUUUGUGGAUAAGGAUGGGAAGCCUCUGUAUUUUUCCAAAGAGAAUGCAACACAGAUUUAUGGAGAGUAUGAAGCGGGAAAGUUGGAUUUGUUGGAUGGAUUUUAUAAGUCGUUGUCUGCAGAACAGAUGCAAUCCAUGAACAAAACCGGGUACACUAUAAUGGACGAUAAGCAGCUGGAAACCAUCUAUGGACCAAAUUCUCCAUUCAACAACUCGGAAGCGUUAGAAAAAUUCAAAGGGAUAUCACCAGAGAGUAUGCCGGAGAGGAUAGAGGAGAAUAUAAGAUUGAUAGCAAAUGAAGAGAUGAAGUUUGAAAUUUCUAGAAAGGUAUCUUUGAAAGACCUCGUCCUGAUGCCAGUUCUUCUCACCUCGUUCAUCGGUGUCCCUGAGACAGCUUCCCAAUCCAUUAUCCUAUCCCCUCUUCUUCUGGCACCCCUUGUGUUCUCCCCUUCCAUUUAUGGAAACGUCAUCCUAUCUCCUUGGGUCUUUGUACCCGUUCUUGUCAGUCCCCGUAUUCUCGGAGCCGUCGUCCUAUCCCCAAUCGUCUUCUCACCAGUCAUCCUCUCUCCUCUCUGUCUGGUUCCAGUAGUCUUAUCUCCAGGUGUAGGUCUCCCAUUCGUACUAUCACCAUUUGUAUUAACCCCAUUCAUCUUGUCUCCUGUAGCUCUCACCCCAAUCAUUUUAUCCCCGUUCGCCCUGUCGCCUUUUAUUGGGGUACCCAACUUGCUUACUCCAAUCAUUUUGUCCCCUUUUGUACUGUCUCCUUUGAUUUUGUCCCCUCCAUUUGUGUCAGCGUUUGUUCUGAAUCCAUACGCCUUGUCACCUGCGGUUUUAUCAAACGGUGCACUUUUUACAGCGGUACUGUCGCCGAGUUGGUUAAGUACAUUAUGA